AUGUAUCGGCCAGUAGUUUCAAUGAAACUCGCCUUUACGGAACACAGCAUCGGCAGCGCACCUGCGGAGAGCCAGAGCCCCGGAGACGCACCUGCCUCGCAUCCCUGCGGCAUCCGAUCCUCCGAUAUCAUCAUCCUUCCCAACGUGGAGGUAACCAGAAAGACAUCUGGGAUUAUUGAAAUAGAGGUGAAACCUCUGCGAAAAACUGAGAAGAGCAAAGUGUAUUACCUGUGCAUUGCCACCGCCACACCUGGCGCGCAGGACGCGUGGUCCGAGAGCACCUGGAUCUAUCACGAGGGGCAUGACACUAAAGUGAUCGUGGUGGAGGAGAAGAAGUUCCUGCUGCCUUUCUGGCUGCAGGUGAUUUUUAUUGCCAUGUUGUUGUGUUUGUCCGGCAUGUUCAGCGGGCUGAAUCUGGGACUGAUGGCGCUGGAUCCCAUGGAGCUCCGGAUUGUCCAGAACUGCGGGACUGAGAAGGAGAAGAAUUACGCGAAGAAGAUCGAGCCAGUCCGAAGCCAAGGAAACUACCUUCUGUGCUCUUUGCUAUUGGGAAAUGUCUUGGUCAAUACCACUUUGACUAUCCUGCUCGAUGACAUCGCAGGAUCAGGGCUGAUCGCUGUAGUGGUGUCCACUAUAGGGAUCGUGAUUUUUGGGGAAAUCGUGCCACAAGCAAUCUGUUCCAGGCAUGGGCUCGCCGUGGGCGCAAACACUAUACUCCUGACUAAAUUCUUUAUGAUCCUCACUUUCCCUGCAUCAUAUCCCGUCAGUAAACUCCUGGACCACGUGCUGGGGCAGGAGAUCGGCACUGUGUACAACAGGGAGAAGCUUCUGGAGAUGCUCAGGGUGACAGAUCCGUAUAAUGACCUGGUGAAAGAGGAGCUCAACAUCAUCCAGGGCGCUCUGGAGCUCAGGACUAAAACUGUGGAGGAUGUCAUGACGCCUUUGCGAGACUGCUUCAUGAUCGCCGCUGAUGCCAUCCUGGACUUCAACACCAUGUCUGAGAUCAUGGAAAGCGGCUACACGCGAAUACCUGUGUGUGAGGGCGAGAGAUGUCAUAUUGUGGACUUGCUGUUUGUCAAGGACUUGGCCUUUGUGGAUCCAGAUGACUGCACGCCGUUGAAAACCAUCACCAAGUUCUACAGCCACCCUCUGAAUUUUGUCUUCAAUGAUACAAAGCUGGAUGCCAUGCUCGAGGAGUUUAAAAAAGGUGUGGGGUUCAAUGAAGACAAUUCAAGAAGAGUGAAUUAA